GUUCACGGCGUAUUCGACAAAUCGGGGUUGUUGGGAAACCAUCCACUUAUGGAAGUAAAACUAGAUGAAGGCAGGGUGGUUUCACCCUUGUCCUUACAAGUGGUGCUCAGCCUCCGUGCCGCCGGCUCUCGUGGUUGGAUCCGCCGUCAGAUUGUCAACUUCUUCAGCGCCGAUUCCGUCGAUCAUCUCAAUUGCUUGGCCUCUCAACUCUCCGAUGUCAUCUUGGCUGAUGGUGAUCCCGCCGUUGGCCCUCGUGUGCGUUGCUGCAAUACCUUAUGGCUUGAUCAGUCUCUUACUCUCAAGCCCUCUUUUAAACACAUUCUGGACUCUGAUUAUAGAGCCGCUGUGAACCCAGUGGACUUUCAGACCGAGGCUGCUCAUGUGGGGCGACAAAUUAAUUCGUGGGUGGAAAAUAAGGCAAGUGUCCUAAUUAAAGACCUUAUUCAUGAGGGGUCUCUCAGCAACUUAGUCAAGCUCGUCUUUACAAAUGCCCUAUACCUCAGAGGAGCACGGCACGAGAAAGCAAAUGCAUAUCGCAACAGAGAGAGAGAGGGAGCAAAUCCAAUCAUACUAAGAAAAGAGCUUGGUGAGAACGAAUACAAAGUGACUGUUCCCUUCAUUGCUGCCAAGAUGGGAGUAAUUGAUAGCAAUGGCAUUUUAGGUAGAAUGCAUAAGCUUGGACACACAUAUAAAAAGCAACGUGAAGAAAAGCGUGCUUUCUCCAUGCAUUUCUACUAUCCACAUUCAUUUAAAUAUGAAUUUUAUCAUGAACCUGAGGUAGAUCUAAUGGAAGUUAAUGGCGUACUGAACCCAGAAUUUAAUAUGUCUUCAGAGGUGAAAGCUUCCAAGGUGCUGAGGGGACUAGGGAUAAGACUGCCAUUCUCUAGAGGAAAGUUGACAGAGAUGGUAACUUCUUCAUGUGAUGGUGGAGAGUUAUAUGUUUUUAACAUAUUUCAAAAGACAUUCAUCGAAGUAAAUCAACAAGGGCUGAGGCUGCAACAGCCACGGCUGUAA